AUGACGAGUGAAAGUGUAUUAAAAUUGGUUGGAAUAAAGACUGGUGUUGUAAAAAGGCUUUAUAAAGAAUUGGCUGCUUAUGAAAAAGAAGUAGAAAAAGAAACGGUUGAAUUGGAAAAGCUGAAAACUGAAAGUAGCAGCGAUGAGUUUCGAAUAAAAAAACAAGCAGAAUUGUUGCAACUGGUCGAUAGCAAUAUGAUUUUACUUGAAGGAACUGAUCAGUUAAAUGCUGCGAUGGAACAGAUUAACGCAAAGAUCUCGUCAAAUUAA